CAAGAGUUACCCUGGGUUGAUGUGAUCUGGAGUGGAGAUUUUGUACAGAGUAUUAGAUCCUGUGACAAAUUAAGGCUGUACAUGGCCUGGACCUUUACGAGCAAACUGCGGUCCAAAGGAUCAGCAGAGGGGAUCGUGACUGGUGUAGCAGUUUGCAAGCAGCUGUGGCCAAAGACUGAAGAGUUUGGUUUGGCCAUCCUUUCCUCAGAUUGACAGUUGUAGAACAUAGUAUAUGACUUGAUGGAUUUUCAGCAACAACUGGAUUCAGGUUUUCAAUGAUGUAAUAAAUGUUUGUUCCCUGUCUGUGGAGACAUUAGUGGGAUUUUACGGUAUUCCUUACCUUGAUUAAACGGUGUUGUGGAAGAAAAUUUGGAGACAGUUCGAGAUGUCCGUGAUUGGCAAUAUUGUGGCGAAAAGAGACCAUGGUGGUGUACAUGUGCAGCAGGAUUUUAUUAUUGACGCUGUUGUUGUUUGUCCAGUGUUGGCGGGCUGGAUGCGUGUGAGUUUGGAGCACCUAUAACGGGACCUCAGGAGUGUGUGAGCUUUACGCCAGAAGAUGUGGAUGAUAUCAAGAUUUCCUACAGCCACCCUGAUGAGAAUCACCUUUAUUAUAGAUACCUUCGCUUAUAUAAAGACUACCUCUUGGUAGGAGCAAAAAAUUAUUUAAUCACGCUCAGUAAAGACGACAUUUCUCACACAGUGGGUGAACUGAAGGACACACCCAAAGGAGAGAGGUAUGAGGCCAGCUGUAGAGGAUGGGGAGUUAAAGUGGAUCCUGACUGUCAAAACCAUAUCCACUUCAUCACACGGAAUACCUCAUAUCCAAACUCUGAUAUUGUCUAUGUAUGUGGAACUGGAGGCUAUCGACCUACAGGAUUUUUGUACAAUAUCACCAGUGGCUCCAAGGUGUCAACAUAUCAAUCGUCUGUAGGCAAUGCCAAAGCCAUGUGCCCUUUUGAUCCAUUUGAUAACACCACCGCUGUAUAUUCAAUGCAAGGAAAUCCUGAAAAUCUGCCAGCAUUUUACUCAGCGGCUAAUGCAGACUAUACCAAAUCCAUCCCAACUAUCUUCCGAAGUCGGAUCUUUUAUCAGAAUGGGACAUUAGCCUACGAGUAUCUGACCACAGCCAAGAAGGACCCCAAAUGGCUGAAUGAGCCUCAGUUUGUUGGUUCAUUCGAGAUGGAAGAAGUGGUGUAUUUCUUCUUCCGAGAGGAGGCAUUAGAACACAGUCACAGUUGUGGGAAGAAAGUGUACUCUCGUGUGGCACGAGUCUGUAAGAAUGACAAAGGUGGCCCAAAUGUGGUGAAGAAUCAGUGGACGUCAUAUCAGAAAGCUCGUCUCAACUGCUCAAUACCUGGCAAAGUCCAGUACUACUUUGAUGAAAUACAGGACAUUCAGUGGGACGCCUCAUCCAGGACUUUCUACGCUCUGUUCACAACCAGCAGCUAUGGUGUUACCGGUUCCGCUAUCUGUGUAUACACUCAGGAUGAUAUAGAACAGGCCUUCAGUGGACCUUUCCAGUACACCUCUAAUGGCACCCAGGUCCCCACAGCCUCAGAGCCUAAUCCAAGACCAGGAGAUUGUGCUGGAAUCCCAGAUUCAACACGUGUGAAAAAUGACUUUGUGACUUUUGUCAAAGAGAAGACAUUGAUGUACUAUGCUGUUCAGCACAAAUUUGGAGAACCUAUCUUCAUGAAGCCAAAUGUUAUGCUGCAGAAGCUCCAGACCCAUAUCUUCUCAUCCUACAAUGUCUUCUUUGCGGGUUCAAAUGAAGGGCAGGUGUACCAGAUCUACCAGCCAACAGCUAACCUAUCAGAGACAUUGAUCUCAGCAGUUAUCUCCCCUGUCAGAUCAUCCGGACCAGUCUGGAGUUUGCAGUAUGAUAAAAAUACACUGAUGUUGUAUGUGGGGUAUGACAGCAGUGUAGUCCAGUUUGACAUGAAGAAACUGUGCAAGAAAUACACCAAAGCUGACAGUUGUGUGUUUAACCCUUUCUGUGGCUGGUACAACGGCGAGUGUUUCCAUCAAAACUGUACAUCAUACCAGAUGUCCAUAACAUACUGUAAGCUGGCUCAGCAGCUCCAUAAAGACCCCACCAACCCAAAAAGAGUUUGGGAGACACUGCUACAAAUCUUUGUUGAUGAGAAAUUGCCAGAUCAAAAGCACAUCAAUCUAGGAGGUCUUGUGACUCUGGACAUAAGGAUGCCCCUCUGUACAUCUGGACCAGUCAGCUGGCACUUUGGGCGCUCCUGUAACGACACACUCACCAAAGUGCCCAAAAAUGUACACAUCCUAGGGGCAGACAACUCUCUGACGAUUCGGAACACAAGCAUGGCCAAUCAGGGGUGUUACUCAGCAAAAGAUGAGAAUGGCAGAGAUCUAGCCUUCUAUAUGUUACAUGUACAAACAGGUGAACUAGAAAAGGAAGAUUUAUGGACAAGAAAAUUUUAUGAAUGGUGUGAUGAGUUUGAAAGAUAUAAAAAUAGAAUAAAUGUUUGGCAACACACUUGUAGUGGUGAUCAUUCCAACACAAUACCCAACCUGCCCGGAGAGUGAAAGACGUAUCCUCUAGUUUAGGUUAUUCCUGCUAACGUGCAGAGACUGCGAGGAGUUUGACACAUCAUUCCCGUUGUAGCCACCACACGCCCCAAAUUACCUCAGCAAUCAAGAGAUGCAGAUGUGCUGUUUUAUUUAUUUAUUCCUGUCUAACAGAUUUUAAUAUUCACAGAACAGCACAAAGUGUCUCUUCACUGGACUAUUUCCUAAUGUGUGAUAGGACUGUUCUCUCGUGGGUAUGGAUGUACACUGGAGAAGAGCCAGUGUACAAAUUCUGUUCUCAGCAGUCAGUUGAUAAACUAUUUUUGGUCUCCAAAUCAUAUCUAUAAGAAGACAAGUUGCCAAAUGUUGUUCAUAAUCUUCGCAAGCCUGGUGUACAUUAUGUUUAUACAUGUGAUGAACAAAAAAAAGUUGGAUAGUCCCGCAACCUAACGCUAAACUUGCUCAGCCAUGUAAAAAUGUAAAAAAGUGAUAUGUGUAUUUUUUAGUUGAAAGUCCCGCAUUAUCGUGCCAAUAAAUGGACACAACAAUGAAAGUAAUGAAUGCAUUGUAGCGACAACGUCACAGCGUUGAACUCUGAACAGUCGGUUUGUAGCUGACCAGCAUAGUGUUCAUGGUUGCCUGUGUGUUUAUUUGAUGUGAAGCAAACAUUGUGAACAUGUGACGACGAGCUGUUCAAACCACCACUCUGUAAUGGCUGAAAAUGAUGGUGAUGAACAUGCUUUAAUGCUGUGGAGUUGUUAAUUGGCUUUUCGCUGUUGCAUGACCAAUGACGUCAGCCAUCAGUUUGGGGGUACUGUGAGAGUUUAUUGUCUUGUUAAAGGAUAUGUGCAUCAGAUGAAGACACCAUCCACCCUCUGUGAACAUCGGUGAGGCAUGUGGCUCAGAUCGUCAGUAAGAAAUGUGAGAACUUUAUGUACAAUGGCAUGAUUUUCCCACCCUUGUGAGGCUAUUGUUCAGUUUGGAGGACUUGUUAAACACCAGACAAGAGCAUGACCACAUCAUUUACAGAUAUGAUCAGUGGUAGCUCAAGCAUCGCUCAACUGCUGUGUGGUCGAGAUGAUUCAUACAGGUAUUUUAUGACCAAAAAAACUUGCUCGACUCUCCAAGGAAUUCUUUCCACCAGAUACAGCUGUCAUAGAUGUACAAGAAACUCGCACGGAGACUAUGACACAAGAUGUCUGUGAAUGUUUCAUGAUAUGAAAAAAGCCAGGUGUACAGCUUUUAUAGACGCUGGAAAAAAUGAUUCUGCACACUGAUUAAAAUGUGUCAAACAUAAAAUGCACAGCACUUGUAUGGGAAAAACUUCAAAGGAUGCAUUACCACACAAAUGAUGGCAGAACUGUUAUCUCCAUAACGUCAAGACGUGUAGAUUGUGUUUUCGUAUGCAAGCUACGUGUAUUCAGUGCAGCAUUGACACUCAUAAAAUACAUUGUAUUCCUCAUCUAACAACAGGAGGGGUGGGAGAUGAUAUCAUUGUCUCAUGUCAGUGUGCAGACAAAAUGGUGCUGACUAAAAUACUGAUAGCCAACAUGCUAUACGCACAUUGAUCCCGUAUGUGCUUGUAAGACAAGAAACAAAUGUUGCUGUAGAUUUUUUGCUGAUGUAUGUAAUAUAAAAUGUACAUUUUGACUGACUGAAAAUUUUUCCUCAUAUGGGGAAAAGUUCUCACACACCCAAAGCUUACUCAUGAUUUGAUUGUUUUAAGUGGGAGGAAGCUGUAGACAAUUGUGCAAUGUCUCAUGUCACUAGAAUUCAUUUAGACACAUCCCAUGUCAUCACACUGAUUAUUUUCAAAACCCUAACGAUAUGAAGGGUUGAAAGUCUUCAGUCUGGUAAGGCAACAGCAACUUUAUUAUGUGUUUUACUUGUUAGCUGACACUAAAAUAUCCCAAAAUGGAAUAAAAUGGAAAAUACACCUCAACUGAAGACUUUCUUGCUUUUCAAAGCGUUCCUAGCAUGUAAAUGAUGCUUUCAACAGGAAAGAUCACUUGAGACGGCCCAUUUUUCCAACAGAUCAUUUUUCAGUCUUGUUUUUGUUUUAUACCCACCAAUGACAUUGAUAAAAGAUUCAGCUUUAGUAUACCGCAGAGCUACAUUGGUGUGUCCAAGGAUCAAGCUAGGUGAUCACAGGUUCAGUCAUCAAACCAUUGGAAAUGAAGGUUAUGUGUUUGAAUCCAGCUCCAAAUGACUCAGUAUUGUGUGUUACCUGGCAGGUUGUCGUGGUUCCCACUGGGCUCUGUCUGGUUUCCAUACACCUGUAUGUGGUCUGGAGUACAAAUGAUGCCAGACAAGACCGAUGGAUUGGAUAGUAUAUAACACUAUGAACACUGCAGAUGUCUGUGAAUAAAAAUCUGCAAUUGGUGAACAUCUUCUCCAGGUUGAAGACUUUCAACUUAAAAUGUCUAUUCACUUGGUCAGGAACCUCCCUUAGCUGUCGUCUUGUGACUGUGUAUGUUUGUUGUGUCAAAUUACAUGUAUGUAUAGAACAGCUUAAUUUCUGUUUCUUUAGGUUAAUUUCUUGAGGAGAAAGUCACUGGUUACCUAGGGAAAACUUUCUUUUGUAUUCUGAGAGUUGUAUUAAAUAGAAAUGCCAAAGAGGUUUCAGUUACUAGCUUCAGUCCUGGAUGCCUUGCCAGGUACCUGGGACAAUCCUGGCUGUAUACUUUCUUGCUGUAUUAAAACCAUGUGAACUUCAUUACCCCAUAAAUCAAUAUUGAUUAAUAGGAGUACUGAAGCUAAAAACUAAGACCUAAAAACAAAGAAAAUGCUGUUUUCUGGAAAAUAAAUUUGGUUUAGUGGUCUGUUGUGAUAUAUCUGAAGUAAAUAUAUGACAAAUAAUGAAGUCAAGGCAUCAUCACGUAAAUGUAACAAAGGUUUCACAAGCUUUCCAUCCACAUGCCAGGAUCAUUUAUCACUUCACAAGCUUUCC